AUGCCGAAAGACGUUAAACCCAAGAAGAAAGACCGGAAACGUCUUAAAAAGGAGCACAAGUUACCGGGAGUCAAGAAGCCAGACAUUAAAAGCGAAAAACUUGACGGAAGGUCAUCUCAGAAAAAGAAACGACGCUCUGAAGCCCAAGAGUCCCUCAACUCCAUUCGGACGACAUUAUUCAGUGUCCACAACAACAUUAUCAACAAGAACAGAAACACACCGACCGAGACACAAGAGUUCUGCUCCAAGAUGGGAAUCUUGUAUAGUAACAUGCUCGAGCUUGCCUUCGAGAUGGGCACAACUGAGGAAGACACUGAGAUGGAGUGGCAACAUGAACCGACGACACAUGUUCAUCUCGUUCGCACGCCCGAGGAGAUGGCUGCUUAUCCUGAUGGAGCCGUCGUCCGGCCCUGGCAGACGGGAUCCAACUUGAACUCUCCCAACACUCCGAGCAAUAACAUGGCUGGGCAGCGGCCUGAAGUUGUAGAAGAAAUCCGUUAA